CCCUCCAGCCAUCACUUCCAACCCUUCACCUCUUCUGCAGUCUUCCUCUUUUCCUCAUCCCCUUACCACUACUUCCAUGCCUGGGUUUUGCCUCCAUGUUCCUCUACCACCACCUCCUCCUCCUCCUCCUCCACUUCCAAGGGAUCUCUCAGCUUCACCCCUACCCCCUCCUCCGCCUCUACCUGUCUCCACCCGACCUCCUCCUCCUCUUCCCAGUGAUCUCCCAACUUUAUCUCUACCCCCUCCACCACCUCUCCCUGUCUCCACCCGACCUCCUCCUCCUCCCUACUCCUAUGCUGUCAGGCAGACCUCGUAUUGUGCUCUGGCCUCCACAGUACUAUCCAGCUUUGAUCCUCCGCCAACCUUCCCACCACCUCUCCCAUCACUCAAAUUAUCUGACAUGCCUGACUUACCUCCUCCACCACCUCCACCUCCUCCACCUCCUCUCCCUGCUCUCCCAGAAUCAUCCUCUUUUAUUCUCCCAACGACUCCAGGCAUAUCACUGAGGCCCUAUUCUCUACUGAUCACUGCCCAAGCAUUGCAGCAUGUCAAGCUUCGCUCAGUCAAGAACCAGGGAGUACUGCAAGACAAACAAGACCCCGCUGACAUCCAACUUCACACCGAAGUUAGCGCAUCAAUAACUAACAGCAACCAAAGGGAAGAGACUCUGCUGGACUGUGAUGUAUUGAAUGAGGUGUUUCUUGACAGCCUGGCUAACAUUGAUACAAGGAUGUCGGUACCAGGAGCAAAACACACUGUCUGUAAUGUUGCCAGCAAUGAGGCAAGUCCUUUAAUAGCUAACAGCAGUACCCAAGUCAGUACUGAAGUGAAACAGCCAGAACCUCAUUGCAAAGACCCAAGAACAAGUGAGAGUGGCAAUGUCAUUACAGAGUCAGGUGAAGCUAAACUUCAAAGACUGCAAAACAGCUUGGCUAACCAGAAAGACCAUGGCAUUAAACGUAACAAAGAAGUGACGCAAAACACACAGUCCAAUGGGCAGAGUAAAGACUUUGACAUGGAUCCCCCUCUGGCAAAUGUCAACGUCUCCAGUCCUGAGAGCCCAUGGGUAAAAAUGUGUCCAGAUGAUGACGAGACAUAUCAAAUUAACAUUAGUAGCCCGGUUCUCCCAUUGGAACAGCAUUCUUCAGAAGACAACUUUGCACAGCAUAUGGAGAGAUUGAGAGAAAACGAGACCAAGAUAAAUGAAUAUGAUAGAAAUGAACAAAAUAAAUCUGAUUCAAUGAUUCAGACUGAUGUGAGAAGGAAUAAAAGAGAUGUUCAGUUAAGUAGCCCAAGGAAGCUCUGCUCCCCAGAGAAACCUGUUCCACCUAAGAAGCCUGAUCUUGGCAUACUGGGUCUCACAAGCUCCCCAAAGGCCAGAGGGGGACCAGGACGGCCAAAGAGCCCUAGGGAAAUCACAGAAUCUCCCCCUAUGCUUAACACUUCAGAUUCCUUUAACACACAGUUGUUUACAUGUUCAACUAGCAACAUGCCACCGCCAAAGCACUUGAUAAACGGCUCUGACCAAACAGAAACACCCGGAUGCUCCAACUCACCUGCCAGUUCCCCUCAACGACAGAAGCUUCAGUUUUUACACAAGAAGCCUGAUCUUUUGUUGACCACUCCCAAAGUGGCAGAAUGUGUUUUUGCAUCCGAAAACACCGGAUCUAUAGCGACUGCAGCGACCAGCGAUCGUUUUGAAACCCAGACCCCAAUGGAAACCAGAAAUACCUUAGAAACUAUGGGCAACUCGAGGUCUGGUAAUAUUUUCAACAAUGCCUGCAAGUCUCAGCUGAUCAGUAUCUAUGACACCAAUUGCUCUUCGGGGUUAAUGGGGAUGGGUCCCUCAGGAAUCCAUGAAAUAACUCCUACCUGGACAGAAGGAAUCCAAACUGGGGUUCCUGGUCCCUGUUUUGGUCUGAUCAUUGGGAAUAAGCAACAGGAUGAUGAGAUAACCAAUCAUAGGAGGAUUAUGAAGUCUUCGCUUGCUGAAGAGGAAGAAGAUGACGAGCAGGACAGAGAGGAAGACAAGGGGAGGAAGAAAACAGUCAUGAUGGUGAUGACUUCUUCCAACAAAAAGGGGAAAUUAAGGAGGAAGAGGAGGAAGAGGCGUCUGGGCAGACAGUUGUUGAUGAUGUCACCAAAAACAGAGCCCGCUCCCUCAUUAUCAUCAUCAUCAUCAUCAUCAUCAUCCUCAUCCUCUUCUUCAUCAUCAUCUUCAUCAUCAGAAGAUGAAAAAGAUGUGACAAAGGAAAACAGCGUCAGGCGGAUGAAAAUCAAAGAGUCCAAUCAAGAGACAAGCGACUCUGAAAGCUCCUACACUCUGAUUGGUCAGAGCAGGUUUUCACUCAGCAGCUUGCUAUCAACAGAGAGCCUGCGGGGGGAGCUGUCACUGCCAGACCUCCUGAUAAAGGAACCAGAUGAAGAGGAGGAGGAACCAGGAAAGGAAGGGCACCGGCAGACGGGUGAUGAGGUCAAGGAGACGAGCGGAUCUUCAGAUGACGAUGUGUUUGUCAACGUUUCGGCGGAUCAGAUGUUGGUCUCUGGCCGGCCCCGAACCACAGAGGAUCUGUUCACCAUCAUCCACAGUGCAGUCUGGGAAGGCACAGCCUGAACACGUUGGUAACCAGGUCGCAGAUCAAAGCGAAAGAUGCUUGGACGAAGAGACUUGGGAGAAGAGACGCAGUGUGUCCCCUCCUCCUCCUCAUCCUCCUCAUCCACCUCUUCCCCCCCGGAGACGCCCACUGAUGCCCCGUCCUGCCUGACCCGAGCAGCAGGCUGCAGGAAUCCCCGGUCGGCCAGAAGCGAGAGCUUCAAGGCUCUCCUGCUGAGGAAGGGCAGCCGAGUCACGUCAUCCUCCAGAAUCUCGGCGGUGGAGCGUCUUUGUGUCGGUCAGCUUCCGCCUCCUGUCGCUGACCGCCAGAAGACGUCUCCUGAUCGGCUCACAGCUGGGAGCUCCUCCCCUGCAGCGGGCAAGCCCAGCCCCCUGCUGACCGUGAACCUCCCUCCUCUGUCUCCCUGCACGCUCUCCGUGACCUUCGGUUGGAGGCGCCGGGAUCCGAAGUACAGCCAGCUCCUUCUCACGCCCUCCUCUUCCUCACCCUUCCUGCUCCUCUCCUCCUCCCACCUGCGGCACCGGUCCCUCGCUCCUCCCUGCUCCAGCAGCCGGCGGUUCGCCGCCCGCUGCCGCCUCUUUGCCGCCCCCAUGACGGCCAUCUUGGAGGCGGAGGACGAGGAGGAAGCUGGGGAGGUUUUCCUUCAGUCCAAUCUGGUGCCGGCUUCUUAACGGAGACGUUUCCAGAAAAACUCUCUGAAAUGUGCCGAUCUGCCACAGAAAUCUGGACCCGACUGAAUUUCUCCAGAACCCAAGCUCAUUGUGCGCUUUUAUUUUGUUGCCCUCGUUUAGGUUGUUGACUGUUUUUGCACUUUACUGUUAAUGUUUUUGUAACCAAACUCUGGAGGAUAUUGUAACUUUAACUGAAAACUGACUGGUGUCCCUCUCAUAAAGUAUUUGUUUUCCUUGAAAUUAUGUAAUUAUUAUCAAAGUAGGACUAAUAACCGAGUUAGAAACGAAAGCUUUCCAUUAAAGUCGUGUCUAGCUGCAUAUAACGAGUGUCCACCGUUGUCUAGGGCGCCAGGUGCAGAAGCUUUAAAGCAAACACGACUAUUUACCGUUUCUCUCUAUUUUUUUUUUCUUCUGACCUUCCAGUCCAGGUUUUAGUUUUGCUGCCUCUUCCAGAGCGGGAUUGAGCCACAUAUUUUGAUAUGUGGCUCAAUCAGGAAUACGCUGAAAGCAACACAUUGCAUGCUUUCUACAAAUCUGGCAACAUUUCUCUCCCACAUUUUAAGUUUUACGUUUUUGUGUAGAUUUUAUAGCUAAUUAACUAUGAUUACCCAUUGCUUCUUCUACUGCUGUAUGAGUUAUGCGUUAACAGACUGGUGCUGGGGGUCGCCAUAGCAACGUGGUUCUCACAUUAUCCAAUGGGAGGACAGGAAGGUGAUGCAUGUUGCCGCCUUCCGGCAUUUCCCCUGAAUUUUCCCAGUUUACAGUAAAUAAACCUCAAAGCUGCUCGGUGUCAACAGAAAUGGUUCAUAUUUAAUUAACCUGGAGGCGGUUAAAUCAGAGCGAAUCUAUCACGUCGUUAAAGCCAAAUGUUUUAAUGUUAGCAUUUAAGGGGGGUAAGAAACUCACUAUUAAGCUUUUAUUUAAGACUUGAAGACAUAAAAAAACAUAUUUACUAUUAGUGUUUUACUCUUUUUAUACAUUGUCAUAUUUCUAAAAGUUAAGAGUGUAUCAAAUGAAACAUUUAUGCCGUCAGUCCGUUAAGAUUAGCACAAAAAAGAGGUAUUUUUAAGCGAGAUACUGUAAUUAAAGUGUUUCUGUGUUGUUUUUCUGUUGUAAUUAUGUUUUAUUUGGACUUUUUACAAUUUUAGACAUUUCUAAGCUUGCUUUCCUGCAUAAUCUUCUGCUUGAAGAAGACUGGAAUCAGCCAGGUCUUGUUUUCCGUUCUGUAUAUAACCCCGUUUCACUUCACUUUCUUAUCUUGUUUCCAUGUUUUUACCUCAUUUCUUUUUUGUAACAUCCUGAAAAGUGACGGUUUCUGAGCUGGAAGACAAACAGGCCUGGACACUCGUUUGUGUCCUGGGUGCGACGGUAAGCUGUGGAUCAGAUGUAGUAAUGUAAAGGAAAGAGGAAGCACUGUGAGACAAAGCCUGAAGUAACAGGAGAUGGGAGCUGAAUGUGUUUAGAUGGAGGACAGAGACAGCAAAGAAAGGAAGACUUUAUAUGUAAGGCCACAUAUUACUGAAAAAGGAAAACUGAAGCAAUAAAGAAAAAACUCUGAAGACUA